AUGCUGCGCGUCAACUGCAUGACGACGCCGCUAUCGACCGACCUCGAGACGUACCUCGAGCCGAUGCUACCCGACCUCUUUGACUUGGAGGUGGAGCAGUGCGACCUGCCACACGCGGUCUCGGCGCCGACCAUGGCGCGCAUGAUCAACCUCUACAGCAUCACGCUGCAGCGGACCAACACGGUGCGCUGGGACAUCUCGCCCGACGCGCUGCCGGCCAGUUUGUUUGCCAUCUUCCUCUGCCAUCUCUACUUGCCGUCG